GUUCUACAUUGUAUUAUUUGCUUAGCUGUAAGCCCAAGGUUCACAAAUAACUACAACAUACAUUUCUCUACAAAAAAAAACAACCCCGAGUGCCUCGGUUGCUUACUACUCCAAGCAUUGUUCCAAAAAGGUUAAAGUUGUGCAUUGGAAUGGCAUGACGGAAUGGGAACAGCAAGCCGAUUUCUUUCUCCUUUUAAAUUCGCCGGUGGGGAGGAGGGUGGUGAAAUUGGAUCCAUCCUGAUCAUAUCCAUCGUGCUUGGGAUACUUGUGGUGCCUACUGUUGUGUAUGGACAACGGCCGGAGUCCGACCUCGAUGCCGUAAAUAUCGUCACCGGGAUCAACGUAACCGUUAGAUUGCUAGCGGCGGUGACACUGGUUGUUGCAUUUACUGCGAUUCGUUAUAACAUGCAGGAGUGGGUCAACGAUAAGAGCUCCGACAUGAUAAUAAGAACCAAAUUGGUAUUUAUCUGGAUGUUCGGAGUCGCCAAAAUGGUAUUCAUUGUGAUACAAGUCCUAAUUUAUCUGAAGUGCAGGUAUCUAAUAUCACUCGAGUUGACAGAAACUAUAAUCACUGACUGCUUCACAAGCAUCAUAUUUGUGAUUUUACAGCUUAUUUUUUUUCAGCAUGUUGCGCGCUAUACGUUUACGACUAAACCCAUCAUUAAAUAUGUCUCCUCUGUUAUUGCCAUAGCAAAUUUUAUGGAUUUUUUCAUAGUGCUUACUUUAAGUGUCAACGAAAACAAAGAUCUCAUUUUCGACAGAAAUAAGACAGAUAUAGAAAACUGCACCGGAUUUCGCCACAAAACUGUCAACAACAUCAUGUUUAUCACUGAAGCUUUCAAAGCACCAAUCGCUCUCCAAUUUUCUGCGCUGGCAAUAACACUUGCUUUCAGGAUGAAGUCAGAUGCUGAAAAAUCAUCAAGUCAGUGUAAUAUUUUGGGCUUAAAGUUUUCAUGGACGUCUCAGAAGAGGUUGUCAAAGAUUAUCGCUAUCAUUGUACUUAUGAAUGUCCCCCUUCUGGUUUGUGCACCAUUCAAUAUUCUAAAUUUCGAGAGUGAAACUCAAUCCCGGAUAUGGUUGAGUUUAGUUUUGGCACAGAAAACGGCUGCUCUUAUUUGCAUUUUGUCUAUAAAUUAUCUGAUGUUUAAGAAACUGAAAUUGACCGUGAAAUAUGUCAGCAUCAAUGCCAAUGAAUUCAUGCUUUUACUGAGUACCAUCGGGGUAAUGUCCUGUAUGUCGAUGCUAGCGUUUUACCAACGUGAAGUCGAUGGUUUUUUGACGUCAUUGAUUGUCAUUAGCCUGCCCUCAAUUCUAUACCAGGUUAUCAUCAUCUUAUUCGGGAGACGAAUGGAUCUCAUUGGCAAUGAAAUUUCCGCUGUUCACUCGAUUCAACAACUUGUGCUUAUCCUUGGUUGUCAGAACAUAACACUAUGGUUCAACGAUUUUCUUUACGGCGUUUGGGACAUGUCUAAUGACCAUAUACUUCGGCAUAGUGUAUUCAAGUAUAUAGCACUCAUAUUGUACCCUUUGAUAGCCUACUAUAGGUUUCAGUCGGCUAUGGAGCUUAUGGAGUUGUACCGCCAUGUGUCUUGAUAUAGUUUAAGAAGUAUUUUCUUCAGAAAUGUACACAGAGGUAUAAAAAUGAAUAUUGAUCGAACAGUAGGCCAAAAACAGCCUAUAUUAGUUCUUUCCAUUAAAGAUCAAGGCACAUAUACAUGUAUAUUUAUAACAGAAGAAGUGUAUAUAUCUUUAAGUUUUACAUGUAUAUUUUACUAAUUUAUAGAGGAUACGAAGAUAGAGCGACUAAUUAAUAACAGAUUUGAGCUUAGAGAGGGAGAGAGAGAGAGAGAGAGAGAUAGAGAGAGAGAGAGGGAGGAAGGAAGAAAAAAUAUUUGUAUAUAUAUAGCAGCUAUGAUAGACUGAGGAUUUGUUCUACAUUUACAUGUAAGAUACAUUUAGUACAUUGUUUAUCAUUGAUGUUAAGUUACAUUCUAAAAUCUUUUAUUGCCCAAAUCAGCAUUAAAAUUGCUAAAAAAAAAAUGUCUUAGUUGACAAUGAAAUAUAUUUUAAUUUUUUUGUCCAUGGUUAUAUAAUUUACUGGAUUUUUGCUUUGUAUACUUUGCUUAAAUUUGGGUAUUCUAGUUGAAGAUUUUACAUUGUCUGGCAAAGUGUUCCAUAACUUGACUGUUGAGGGCAAACAGCUAUUUUAGUGUGCAACAGUUCUAGUAAUUGGAAUGUGAAAUUAGUUAUCAUUGCGUAGGGAAUAAUUACGUGAAACUGGUAGACAUUGUUCAACCAUAUCAUACAAAUAUUCAGGUGUAUAAUUAUUAAGUAUUUUGUACGUAAAGGUAAUUUUCUGUUUUCUUUUCUUCUAGCACUAAAUGUUUCCUACCCUAAUUCAUUAUAUACGUUUUUUGAGGAUGUGCGUCUGAAUCCUUUGAUGAUGUGCGCAGCCUCAAUUUGUAAACAUUCUAAUAAAUUACUCUUGUGUACAGUUAUCCCAUACUUCAUCACCAUAUUCUAAAAGAGGUCGGAUAAAAGAAAAGUAAACUAACUAAAGACUCCCUGUUUAGUUUAUACCUAAAGGCGCAAAGAUUAUUUAAAGCUGAUAUGCUUUAUCAAACAAUUUUAAGAAUAUGUUCAGUCCAAAAACCAUUUCAUGUGAGAGUAAGUCAGUGGCUUUGUUGUCGACCUUUUUGUGAUCAAGAUCAUUUGUUAAAGAUACAGGUCCUAUUGCAUCGGAGUCUACAAUUAUCAUCGGUAAAUAACCAAAUUUGAUUUUCAAAAUUAACAGUUAUAUCAUUGAUAUAUAUCAAAAUCAGAAAUAGACCAAAUGCAGAGCCUUGGGGAACACCUGCAUUCGUAUUUUGUUUGGUAGAAGAGUAUCCUUCUAGCAAUAUAUUUUGUUCAUGGUCAGAAAGAUAAUCUCAAAUCCAAUCUAGUAUGCUUCCAAAUAUGCCAUUUUGUUAAGGUUUGUAUAAUAGACCCUUAUGCCAAACCUUAUCAAACGCUUUUGAAGUAACACAGAAAAUAAACCCAACAUCUUUUCCGUUGGUCUAGAUUUCUAAUGAUUGUAUUACAUAUUUCUAAAAGUUGAUACACAGAAGAAUAUCUGCGUUGAAAUUCUGAUUGGUUUUUAGAUAAAAGAUUAUGCUCUAACAUGUAGUUGUAGAGGUAUUUAAAAAUUAUUUUCCCCUGAUUUUGCAUAGAAUACUAGUUAAAGCAAUUUGUCUAUAGUUUCCUAGCUCGUCGGGACUACCUUUCUAUUAUAAACUGGUGUAAUUUUAGAAAGUUUUCACACAUGUGUGAGUUGUUUACAAGUCAAUGAUGCUUUGUACAUUUUGGUAAGGGGUCCAGUGAUGGAAGGAAUAAUAUUCUUAAGUUCCUGGGGUUUAGAUGGAUUUAUUUUUUAAACUGAUCUUCUAUUUUAAAUAUGUUCACAGAAAAUGGAGCACCAGGUCCUUGAGGAGGUAAUAGGGGUUCUGAACUAUCCUCAUCUCGUGAGAUAUUUGCAAAAUGUUUGUUGUUGUUUGUUGUCAAUCGGGUGUAUACUAAAUGCUAAAUAUAUGUAAAUAUAUGUAUACUAAAUGCUGUAUACUAAAUGCUACCAUUUGAUUUAAUUGGUGGGGAUUUAGUUUUUUUGUUUUUGUUUUGUUUUUUUUGUUUUUGUUUUGUUUUUGGUGUUUUUUUUAUGGAGAAUUUAGUUAUUGAUUAAAUAUUCUAAGCCAUUCUCCAGGGGGAAUUGCUUUAUUCAAUAUAUGCAAGGUAAAUUUUUCUUUGUAAUUUUGUUUUGAUUUGCGUACCAUGCUUAAAACUUCAUUACGUAUAUGUUGAUAUUUAUCCCAUUGGUAAUCAUUGUUUUUUAAAUUUUGCCUUAUAGUGUACCCUGUUUCUUUGUCGCAUUUUACGUCUAAUCUCACUAGUAAUGAAAGGUUUAUCCGACGGUUGAAUAGUACCUAAUUUUUUGGAAUUUAUUGUCAACAUAAUGAUUGUAUUCUUUAUUAAAAUUGUCAAAAACAUCAUUAAUGCUGUGAUUAUUGGAUAUCUCCCUAUCCCAAUCGACAUCUAAUCGUAAAUGUUUGAAGCUAGCAUUUGCAAACUUCUUAUAUAUCUUUAGUAUGAAUGUUAUUUAAAUGUUAUAAAAUGUAGAUAACUAGUGGUCAAUAAGUUUGAUAAAUGAGUUCA